AUGCUUCAACAGGUCUAUUCUGACUGAAGACUCGUCAGGAUGAGCUUCCAGGACUCACCCACACUCCUGAGUUUGGCAGUACAGAGCCUAUUGAAGAAUGAAGCCUUGGCCAUCUCUGCUCUACAGGAGCUGCCCAGGGAGUUGUUCCCACCACUCUUCAAGGCAGCCUUCACUGGCAGACACACGAAGAUACUGAAGGCAAUGGUCGGAGCCUGGCCCUUUCCUUGCCUCCCUGUGGGGGCACUGAUGACAGUCCCUGACGUGACAAUAUUGCAAGCUGUGCUAGAUGGUGUAGACAUGCAGCUGACAAGAAAUUUUCACCCAAGAAGAAGGAAACUUCAAGUGCUGGAACUGAGGAAUGUGCAGCAUGACUUCUGGGAUGUUUCAGCUGAACCAGAGGAUAGAGACAGCUCAGCAGAGACUAUGUGUGAAAAGCAAAUACCAACACGCCCUCAUAGAUAUGCACUGAGGCAACGUUUGAAGGUGGUCGUUGACCUUCACCUUGAGUCUGAUCUAGAGGAACAUCAAAUUUAUUUCUUGCAGUGGGCACAGGAGAGAAGAAGUUCCCUAAAUAUGUGCUGUGUGAAGAUGCAGAUUAGUAGAUUGUCUAUGAACAUUGUCAGGAAGGUGUUGAAGAUUUUCCAGCCACAUUGCAUUGAGGAGUUGGAACUGACUACAGGGUGGACGCUGUCCACACUGGCAUGCUUUGCACCUUGCCUUGGUCAGAUGAAAAAUCUUCGUAAACUCUUUCUAACACUAGUCCCUAAGAAACUCUUCAAGCUUAUAUGGAUGUCAACAAACACACAGGAGAAGAAAGUCACCAAGUUCAUUUCCCAAUUCUCCAAACUCAACUGUCUCCAGCAUCUCCACAUGGUUGGCCUCUACUUUCUCAGUGGCCACAUGAAUGAAUUGCUCCGGUGCCUGAAGACCCCACUGGAGUUCCUGUCCAUUGCUCUCAUUAAGUACUCACAGUCAGACUUGGAGUCCUUUGCCCAGUGUCAGAGCCUCCAUCAUCUCAAACAUCUGAAUUUGUCAGGUGUCAUUUUGAAUGAUCUGAGUCUUGUGCCUCUCAGAACUUUCCUAGAAAAUGUUGCAGACACUCUGAAGACCCUGGAAUUAGAACACUGUAGGAUGACAGACUCUCAGCUCAGUGCUCUUUUCCCUGCCCUGAAUCAGUGCUCUCAGCUCAUCAAGGUCAACUUCUAUGACAAUGACAUCUCCAUGGCUGUCCUAAAGAACCUUCUGCACCACACAGCCAAGCUAAGCCAGCUGACCUUCGAGUCUUACCCUGCCCCUCUGGAGUGUUAUGAAUUUGAUUUUGUUAGACCAGAGAAAUUUGUCCAGCUUUCUUCUGAGCUCAAGGACAUACUUUGUACUGUAAGGCAGCCCCAGUCUGUCUCCUUUGCCUCUCAGUUAUGCCUUCAAUGUUUACAGCGUUGUAUCUAUGACCUGGAGACCAGACUUUGUCAUUGUUGGCAAUAA